GGGUUCGUUCCAACACUGCGUCGGAAACAAUCACUCAUAUGACAUGAAGGCGAGGGCUGCAUAACUUUGCUCAUCCUCGGACGGAUCCCGUUGUAAUCAUGCUCGCCAUUGAUGAAUCAGGAGAGAAAGUCCUUCUCGGGAGAAAUAAAAAAUUUCCCGGCAAAUUCUACUCCGCGCUUGCUGGCUUCAUCGAGCCAGGCGAGUCCUUCGAGGACGCCGUCAAGCGGGAGAUGUGGGAGGAAGCUGGAGUGAAGGUCUGGAACGUCCGAUAUCACUCUGGACAGCCUUGGCCAUAUCCAGCCAACUUGAUGGUUGGCUACUAUGCGACCGCUGAUUCUUCUGCGCCAAUCCGUACAGAUUUGGAUAACGAACUUGAAGGUCAGUCGUCUGCCGCCGAAUCGUUGAUGUUGUGGUUUAACUCAGGGAUGUGCCGUAGAUGCUCGAUGGUACACCAGAGAAGAAAUUCUUGCUGUCUUGAGACAUGCUAGUGGAACUCACUUCUCCCGUCGUGACCACCAGAAGCUCGGGGAGAUCCAAGAUGGUCCCGAUAACAACCCCAUGUCUCAAGAUCAGUCUGUAGAAGUUAAUAAC